AUGGAAGCCGGCUCGAUUGUUUGGUGCUCCGCUGAAGGUAAAGGCGAUGAAGCUUGGAUUCAGGCAGAGGUUUUGAAAAAGACAGACAGCGAGAUUCAAUUGCAACAAGUCGACAAGCCGGACAAUAAAUUCACUCGAGGAGCCGCCGUGGCGGACGAAGAAACGGGAGAGAAAAAGUUUGAGGGUGUCGAGCUUGCCAAUGCCAAAUUGAGUGACCAAGACAGAGCAGAAGGCAGAGACAACGAUCUAAUUACACUGCCUCACUUGCACGAACCUGCCAUUCUUCACGCAGUUUCUGAACGUUUCUUUCACGGAAAAAUUUACACGUGGACUGGUCCAGUUUUGAUUGCGGUCAAUCCCUUUCAACGUCUUCCUUUAUAUUCUGAUGACAUUCUCAACUCGUAUCGAAGUGAGGGUCUCUUUCGUUCCCAAGGAAUGGGAGGUGGCAAGUCCGAGUUGGACCCACACGUUUUCGCCAUUGCCGAUCGAUCCUACCGUCAAAUGAUGAGCGAGGGACGUAGAUCCCAAUCCAUUCUCAUUUCGGGAGAGUCGGGGGCCGGAAAAACGGAAUCUACCAAAAUUGUCAUGUCCUACUUGACCACUUUGGGUGGAAUGGGAAUGGAAACCGAAAAGAAGGAAGGAGAACUCUCAGUCAUGGAACGGGUGUUGCAAUCCAACCCUGUUCUAGAGGCUUUUGGUAAUGCCAGAACUCUCCGAAAUGACAACUCGUCUCGAUUCGGAAAAUUCAUUGAACUUGGUUUCAGCCGAGCUGGACAUUUGAUGGGAGCCAAGGUCGAGACAUAUCUGCUAGAAAAAGUUCGUAUUGCCUUUCACGCUACUGGAGAACGUAACUACCACAUCUUUUACCAAUUGCUGCGAGGAGCCACCGAUGAACAAAAGGAGAAGUUUGGCCUUGCGGAAGGAAGUAGUAAUGGUCUCGAAUUGCCAAUGAUGUUCAACUUGACAAAGCAAGGAGGAGCUCCACAUCUACGUGAAUACUCCGACGAGUCCAGUUUCGAAUACACUGUGAAAGCCAUGAAGGCAUUGGGCUGGAAUCAAGAACUCAUUGACAACGUCAUGUCCAUUAUUGCUGGUCUGCUGCACCUUGGACAAACGACGUUUGGAAAACGAGAGAGUGACUCUGGUAUGGAUGUCGCCGAUAUUGAAGAUAUGGAAGCUUUGCAACGAACAUGCAGCCUGUUGGGUGUAGAUCCAGAGAAAAUGGAAGCCGCCUUGACACAAAGAAUUGUCGUUGCCAGAGGUGAAGAGAUCAAAACGGAAUUGACGCUCGAGCGAGCCCAAGACGCUCGGGACGCUCUUUGUAAGACAAUCUACGGAGCCCUUUUCUUAUGGGUGGUUGACCAAGUCAAUCAAAGUAUCAAAUGGGAAAAUGAUAGUGAUAUCCGAUCAUCGGUUGGUGUUUUGGAUAUUUUCGGAUUUGAAUGUUUCGCCAUCAACUCUUUUGAACAACUUUGUAUCAACUACACAAACGAAGCCCUGCAACAGCAAUUCAACAAAUUCAUUUUCAAACUCGAACAAGCUGAGUACGAGUCCGAACAAAUCGAAUGGGCCUUCAUUUCCUUUCCUGAUAACCAGGACUGUCUCGACACAAUUCAACAAAAGAAAACUGGUGUCAUGGCCAUGCUUGACGACGAAUGUCGUUUGCCAAGAGGUACUGACAGAAACUUUGCCAAGCGUUUGUUCGAUCAAUGGCUACCAGAGAAGAACCAAACUGUCUCGGAGAAUACAAGAUUGCAUGCUUCGAAGAUGCAACAAGCCAAGGCCAUCUUCUCCAUUCGCCACUUUGCUGGUCUUGUAGAAUACCAAGCAGAAACGAAUUUUAUGGAGAAGAAUAAGGACGAAGUGCCUCUCACUGCAAAGAAUCUUUUGGAAACUGCUCCUUCGCAGCUUACAAAGGAUGUCUUUGAGAUCCAAAAGAGAGAAACUGCUGACAGUGCUGACAGCAAGGGGGGAGGCAAAUCAAAAACAGUUGGACAACAGUUCAAGGAACAGCUCACGACCUUGAUCGCGAACGUUGAAAAGACGGAUCCCCACUACAUUCGAUGUUUGAAGCCUAACGAUGCAGCUAAGCCAAAGAUGCUCACCCGCAAACGUCUUACUGAACAACUUCGAUAUGGUGGUGUCUUGGAGGCGGUUCGAGUCGCUCGUGCAGGUUACCCUGUCCGUCUCAAUCACACAUCAUUUUUCCAAAGAUACCGCAUGCUUCUUCCAACUGUUUCAGAGGACCAAAUUCCAUGGAGCAUGGAGGGAGAGGACCCACAACAACUUUGUGUCAAGGUGCUUAUUGCAUGCUUGGAAGAAGGAAAGAACUCACAAUCCAAAGGUGUUUUGGACCCCAAGGCGCCAGGAAUUUCCAAAUUCGAAAAGAUUAGACGCAUGCAAAACCAACCCAUUCCGAUGGUUUUCCCACAAAGUGAUGUGCAAUUGGGUCUCAACAAGGUUUUCAUGAGAAAGCCUCCACACGAUGCGUUGGAAGCCCACCGUGUGUUUCAUCAAGCCGCUAGUGCCACACUGAUCCAAUGCUGGGUCAGAGGAUUGGAACAACGAAGAAAGUACCUCAUCUUCGAUGAUGCCGUUUGCUCCGUGCAACGUUGGUACCGUGGCUGCAAGGGCCGGGAAAGAUGGACCAAAUUGCGACGAGCACAAGCCGGAGAUCUCCUUACCAAUCACUAUAGAAUGCAGAUCAAUAGACGAAAGUUCAAUCGUUCACGAAAGGGGACUGUUGAGCUUCAAGCUGCUUUCCGUGGUCGCUUAGCUCGCUUCACAUUGGGAGCUAUCAAGAUCCAAACAUACAGAAGACUGUUCAAGCAACGACAACAUUACCGCAUGCUCAAGUCUGCUGUCAUUGCUCUUCAAUGUAAGAUUCGAGUGAAGAUUGCAUGCAAGGUUCUCAAGGGAUUGAUGGGCGAACAGAAGGAUAUCGGUAAAUUGAAGCAGAACAACGACAUUCUGAAGAAGGAGAUGCAAAGUCUUAAGGCUAUGCUUGCCGCACAGGCUAAGGAAGGUGCUUCGAAUGAUCUCCAUGGAAAAGCAAUCGAAGAAAAGGAGAAGAAAAUCAAGGAGCUCGAGAAGCGGAUUGCAGCAUUGGAGAAGGAACUUGCUACCGAGAAGCAAAAUGUCGAGAAGCUCGAGGCGGACCUCGAGGUCCAGAAGCAAAUGGGCCGUCAGUCUAUUGCCGCACCUGGGUCUCCAACUCGAAAAUCUCACGUCAGAGGCGCCAGUGCGCAGCUGUCUGGCUCUGAUCUUUCGAAGCUGUCGAUGCCAAGCAUGCCUUCCAAUUACGUCAGUCCAGAAGUGGUCGAGAAGCACAAGAAGCACGUGUCUAGACUUGAGGAGCAGCUCAAGGCUGAGCGCAACCAACGAUUGGAAGCUGAUGGAGAGAUCAUUCGAUUGCGAGCAGCUGUUAGUGGAAUUCACUUAAACGAAGCUGAAAUCAGUGCCAUGGUCGAGGAAAAGCAAGCUGCAACGCAAAAAGCGGCCGAAGCGAGUAUUCCCGAAGAAAAGGAGGAAGAAAAGGAAGAGCCAAAAGGAUUCGCAGCAAUUGCUGACGGAAUCGCUUCGGCAUUUGGUGGAGGAGCGCCGAAAGAGGAUGCUCAUCGUGCUUCUGUCAUCAAUUACGAAGAUUUUCUUCCAAAGGUUCGACGUGGAGUCGUCGAGGAGACAAAGGAAGAUGCUGUUGUCCUCGGAUGGCAGGCAGAUAUCAAGAGCCGAAAGGACCGCGAAGAGGCUUUGCUCAACGAUGUCAAUCGCUUUGAAUCACAAAUGAAGAAGUACGUUCAUCAUUUGGAAGAAGGUGUUGAUGUUGUGAUGUGGCAGUUGAAUCGGGGUGAAAGUAAGGAUGCUGCCGCUGAAUUCCCAUUGAAGUCAUCCCACGUUACCUUGAAGCUCCACAAAAAGGGAGAUGCCAUGUCGCAAUCUAUCCUCGAAUUUGUACUCCGCGGUGGUUACCUCAGCAAAGCUAUUGGACGCAAUCGUGGUGUCAACAAAGCUGCCUUGGAGCCUCUGUUGCUCAAGGAGCUUCUUGAGGUAAAGGCUGGCUGUGCAGGAUACGAUCAUACAGAACUCCCAUCGGCAGCUGGGCGAUCCAAGUCAAAAUCGAAGACUCGUGGUGAAAACAAGCAAGGAAGUUUGUUCAUCACAUUGACCGCCACCCCUACAGAAGCGGCUGCAAAGCGUUCAUACAUCCUUCGGUUCAAGUCUAGAUCAGCCCGAAAUGAGCUCCUCAAUGGGUUGAGACGUGUCCUUGCGGACAUGCAAAUUGACGAGGGUGUCAGCAUCUCAGGCCUUCAUACCGAAGAAGGCGAUGAUGAAAUGGGACCAAUCGAUAUGGUUCCUCUUGAAGCUGUGCACAAGGUUCUUGAUAGAGAAAGAGAAGCCUAUGACCGCAUCAUGUUGAUUCUACUUCAAGGAUUCGAAGAUUUGAAGGACAGAGAAGACGAGUUGGUCAAGUUGCGCAGCAAGCUUGAAAGUGUCAUUGAAGAGUCUUCAGAGAAAGACCGUGUCCAAGCCAAUGAUUCUAAGCUUAUCAUGCAGCUCAGUAAGAAACUCGAGACUCUGUUGAUGGACAACGAGGACCUGCGUGAUCAAAAUGAUCGUCUCAACGCUCGUCUCAUUGCCGCUGAAUGUGAGAAGAUGAACAUGAUGACUUAA